AGCUGUGUUGUGUUUCAGUUGCCCUGAAGCGCGCUCUCCUACCUGCAGCAUACCUGAACAGGCCCCGCCCACUUCCUAGCUCAUCCCCGCCCACAAGCCUUUCCUUACGUCCGCGGUAUUCAGGCGGCCACCGCGUACACAAGAGGAUGAAUUGACUCGUUUUCCGUUCCCACAUGCUAAAAUGCGUCAUGCUGAAGGUAGGGUAUUGAUAUUCACCGGUGUUGGGUGGCUUUUGUUUGGUAGAAAUGUGAAGUUUACUCAGUAACUCAAGAUUGCCGGCUUCUUCUCACCAACAGUCGUAGGUCCUGAAUACCAGACAAUGUCACAACAAUGCAAAAGACGGAAGUAUUAGCCACAGGAACAAAUGCCCCGUGAACAAUGACAUUUUAUCCGUUCUCCAAGAAACGGGUGUUUCUAUAUAGAGCAACAGGAAGACUGCGGCUCAGAACUGAAAUGAAAUGAAACAGAACGAAGGGGAGAUGAUUUGGGGCUUGUGUUUGCCAGAAGCGGCUUUCACAAACUGACCCACAGUUAUGACUUUCUGAAGAAUGUUCCAUAGUAUCGGCAUUCACUUUGCCAGAGGCUGAGGACUCUUCGUUUAGCAUAAUGCAUGAUCCUGGAGCUCCAGAUUGCUAUAUGGAACCAAACUGCAGCCAAAUCGAGAGCAGUUCUUUGGAGACUGAGGAUCUGCCCUUUGAGGGUGCACAUCUGCAAGCCAAUGGCAAACCGGACUUAUCUUUUGGAGAGUGGAGUUCAUUUGGUGCGGGUAUCCAGCUGGAAGUCAGUGACUAUUGGUCAAUGUCGGCAGCAUCAACUCCCCCGGAAUGUUUGCAAGUGGAGGAUUGUGAUGGUGCAAAUCAACAGUCAUCCUGUUCACUAGCAAAGGCUGUCGAUUGCUCCGAGCUCCAGAAAACAUUUGCAUGUUGCUUCCCUGCCUUGGAAUCCACUCCGGAGGAGACCGUCGCCGGAUCCAUAAGACCACUGUCACACCUGAUGGAAAGUGCACCAGAGGUCCCCACCUCCAGCUCAAGAGUGUCACGUGCUGCCCCCGUGUGGCAGUGUCUAUUAACGGAGUCCCACAGUCCAAAGUUGUCGGCGCCCGGCCCCCAUCCAUACUCCCAAGGAAGCUUGCUGGCCGCACUCAACCUUACACUGCCAGCUGCCGCUUUGCCGCAGGAUGGGACUGCUGCACAAGACUCUGAGGAGGGCGAUAUGGAGUCAAUGGACCCCAACAGCAACUUGACGUUGAUCCAAACCAAGCUGUUGCCACCCCCCCAGUGCCGGGAUGGCCCAGGCUUCAUCUACCAGAUCUCCCACCAGUGGUUCUCCCAGUACAGCCUGCGCCUGCAGGGCCAGGAAUCCCGGAAAGGGUUCUUCCUGUGAGCUCCUCUGCAUAGCAACCAGCUUCUGUGUUUCCAGCACCAACUUCUCUAUUCCAGAAGCCUUGUAAUGUUCACAGGCACAACUUUUUUUUGUACACUUGGUGAUAACUGAAAUGUACAUUUUUUUUAUUUUUUUUUUUUUUACAUGCUAAAAAUAUUUUCAUACCUGGCACUUCCAGAGCCAGGAACUGGCUUCUGUUCAGAGCAGUAGAGGCAAAAGUUUCUUUCUGGUGAAAGGCUUCCAGCCCCCUGAACAGAAUCAGUCCUGCUAACAGCUUUCUCUUUGCCCCCGAGCCAGAAGAAAUGCAUAUUUAUUCAGAUAUGACACGUCUGGAACGUACAUCCAGGUGUUGAAGGUGCCCUUCAUGAGUGCAUCCCCCUCCUGCGUGGAUCUGAGUACCGUCUAACAAAAGGGGGCGUAAAGGCGGACGCACUGUGCUGCGGAGCUGCAAGUGAAAGAGCAUUUGGUGUUUCGAAAGAAUUUAAUCACAGUGAUGAUGCAGUCCAUGUAUAAUGAAACAAGUCAGUCUGGAAUCAGGCUGUGACAAUUUUGAACAUUGCACUGAGGUAUUUAUUAUUACUUGCUACUUACACAUAUAACCCUAAAUAAAGUAUAUUUAAGAGAAAAA